CCACUAACAUAAUUCGUUUAAACAAAAAGAAAAAAAUGACGAAAAGUGUCGGUGUGUGCGCGCAAUUAGCCAUUUUGUUAACUAUUGGCUGCUUAACACAAACCAGGGCAGCCAAUUCAUGGGCCGACUCUUACCAUACCAUUGGCACGAAAUCCAUAUACACUGAUAUCCAUGAUGUUGUGAAAUUGCCUGCUGAUCAAUCACAUCGUCAAAGACGCGCAGUACUUCCAGAUAAUAUUACAACCCCAUCGCCAGAUGUGAAAAAUCAAUACCAAAGCGUAAACGCCAAUGCAAGUGUAUCGUCCACUGUCACCGAUACCAUGGUUACAACCGUUGAUAGCAAAGCAGCCGGUAGUCUUGCAUAUAAUAUACACAAUGUCGGCGUCAAUGGUACCGGCCAACGCAAGGAUUAUAGUGUACAAAGCAGUGACGGCACAGCCACAGCUGCUGGCACAGCCAGUACUACGAUUAAUACUGCUGCCAAAAAGCCAACGUCAUUGUUGGCUUCUCAACCUCAAUAUCCCAAAAAGGUGGCCGCUACAUCUGUUACUCAAUCGCACUCUCAAUCAACGACAACAGAACGUCCAUUGGUCGACGAUGUUGACAUAUCAGAGGAAAAAAUAAAUAGCGGUAUGACCAAUCAAUCUCUGGAACGACGCGAAGACCAUCAUGAUUACUAUAAUAGUGCACUAUAUAUAAACAAAGAAGAAGCUGUAAAAAUGUGGUCCCAGUUACGUAAUAUACCAAACAAUACUAUGUUGUCAUCAUCACAUCGUCGCGCCAUGACAGUGGAAUUAAAAUUCGAUUUCCCCUUCUAUGGACACUAUGUGCGCAAUAUAACUGUAGCCACUGGAGGGUUUCUCUAUACUGGUGAAUAUGUACACUCUUGGUUGGCAGCUACGCAGUAUAUUGCUCCAUUAAUGGCUAAUUUUGAUACAAGUAUAUUAUCUGAAUCAGUUGUGCGAUUUUUUGAUAAUGGUACCGCCUUCAGCGCCGUUUGGGAGAAUGUUACAUUACAAGACAAGCCCGAUUAUGGAAAGUUUACAUUCAGUGCCACAUUACAUAGCAAUGGAGACAUUGUUUUUGGGUAUUAUCAAGUGCCCACACUAAUUAACACCAUUCAGGAUAACCAGCAUCCAGUUAAGGUUGGCUUGUCUGAUGCUUAUAUCAUUGAUAAAUUUUUGUACUUUGCCCGCAGAAAGACAAUAUAUGAAUAUCAUCGCGUAUCCUUUACACAACAGGAGAUUACCAAUGCCACUAUAAUUAAACUGACCGCGCUACCAACCUGCCUUGGAUUUAAUGAUUGCGCGUCCUGUAUUAACCAUAACACUACGUUUGCGUGUUCUUGGUGUCCUGCAUUAAAUCGGUGUUCUACAGGCACUGAUCGCAAAAAGCACGAAUGGACUCAGAAAGGAUGCGAUGAAGCUGCAAUCACUAAGCUAUCUAGCUGUCCAGCGCUAGGAGUAAAGGGCAACAAUGCUGCCCAGGAGAAAAGUAAACAAAAUGACCUAAUUGAUGCCAAUUCAAGGCAAAUUACGUCCACUACUGUCGUGUCACACAGUUCAACAGCCGCUACGGAGCCAACAGUAAGCACCGUACGACCGCCACAGCCAUCUUCCACAAGCAACACUGAUGAAAAUAAUAGCUGGCACACAAACAGUGAUCACUUGGAUGCCAAAUUGUCUCAAGCAGAGGUGGAUAACAAAAAUGUGGGAGUGGCCUUUGGUUUUAUGGUACCAAUUUGUCUGGUUUCUGUAAUAGCGCUUUGGCUAUUCUAUGCAUACCGAAAUCCGCAUACAAAAAGUGGUCAGUUGCUAAUACAGUCUAAGCAUUUGCAUCAGUUCCGUCCUAGCCAAUGGUCUUGGAGGCGUGGUGAAGCCCGCUAUACAGCAGCCACGAUACAUAUGUAGAACAGCAACAAUAACUUCUACUCUGUAACACAACCAGCAACAACAGAAAGCUAUCGUGAAUUAUAAAAUAAGUUAAAUGUAAACGAAAUACAGAAAUACUGAUGAUAGUCUUUAAUUAUUAGUGUUUUUGGCAAGCGCGUAGAAGAAAGUAAUUUUUUUUAAUUAGGCGAUUGGAAAAGACAAAGAAAAAACUUGGAUAAAUUUAAUUUUGAUAUAUAUUUAUGGUAGGUGAAUGCGCUUUUAAAAUUACAUCUUUUUUUCUGUAUUUAAAAAACAAACCAAGACAUGUGAAAGUGUGUUUUUCAGGCCGUUAUACAAUUAUUUAAUUUUGCGUUGUUAAGUGUCUUCUCUAAUUUGCUCAGGCUUCUACUAUAUAUCCCUCUUUCAAAACAAGACGGGCAAUCAACUCACGUACACACAUACUCACAGGGCAAAGUGCUUGCAAUUGUUUUUGUAGUUCAAUUUUAUAAUUUUUUUUUUUAUUAUUGGGGAACAGUUUAAUUUCCCAUAUUUACAGAUGUAAGUACAUUUACUGUAUACAUAUGAACAUAUAAUGAGUGCGUGUUGCUCUUAAUUUGGUAAUAUUGGUUUAUUUUUUGUCUUGCUGGUAAUCAAUUUUAAAAAUAAUAUAUAAUAUUUAUUUUUGAAAUUGUACUAUACGAAAUUUAUGAAUGGUUUUUAUACACAUACAAAUUGUACAUUUAUGUCUUUUAUGGAAAAUUGGUAUACAGACGAAUUUUCAUCGUAUAGCAUAUUUAUCUACAUAUGAGGACGACCUAUUUUUUGUUAGUAAUUUUGUAAUAAUUAACAAACAAAACAUUUUAAGUGUACAAUUUAUAAAGCAAAAACCUAAAAUUAAAAGUUAAAAAUUGUAUACAUAUUAAAAAAAAAAUUAAUAAAAUCAGUAUCAAAAGCAAAACCUACUUAAGUGUGAAAACCACAAUUAAGAAAACUGUAUAACAAUGUAUUUUGAUAAUGAAAUAAAAUUUGUAUUUUGAACUUCUA